ACUUUCGCUCUCUGCCGCAUUGGCUAGGUUUUUUUCUUACCAUCUCAUCUCUCGGCUCUCUAUUUUGCAGUUUCCCCUUCAUUGCAGCUCCACUUCCCGAGCUUCCAAACUCACUUCUCCCCCCAAACAUCUCUACUUUAUUAACUUGCGUAAGCCUCAGAUCCAUUACCUCAUGGCUCUUAAAAGGCAGUAGCUUUUCUGGGUUGAUAUUAUCUCCUUCGAUACUCGAAAGCUAGGGUUUUCAUCUUAGUUCGCGUGUUUUAAGAGCAUCAAAACAGGAAUGGCGACGAUGAACCCUUUUGGUCUCUUGGGUGACGAUGACACUGAGGACCCAACUCAGUUCAUCGCUGCUCAGCAGCAGAAACUUGAGAAGCCCAAGAAACCAACACCGGCUCAAGGUCAGCCUCAGCCAACUAAGCCGGCUAAGCUCCCCUCCAAGCCUCUUCCUCCGGCUCAAGCUGUGAGAGAGGCAAAGACUGAAGUAGGACGUGGAGGGGGCCGUGGUGAAGGACGUGGCUAUGGCCGUGGUCGCGGUAGUGGUGGAUUUAAUCGUGAUGCAAGCAACAACGAAUCUGUUGGCAACAAUGGAUUCACAGGAGGGUACAGGCCUUCUGAAGAAGGGGAUGCAGGGAAAGCCCCCGAAAGGCGUGGAUAUGGUGGUCCUCGAGGUUCAUUCCGAGGGGGUCGGCGUGGUGGCUUCAGUAAUGGAGAAUCUGGAGAAGGGGAACGCCCUCGCAGGAUAUAUGAGCGGCGCAGUGGAACAGGACGAGGGAAUGAUAUUAAACGUGAUGGGGCUGGUCGCGGGAAUUGGGGAACUCCAAGUGAUGAAAUUGCUUUGGAGACUGAAGAACCUGCUGGUGAGAAUGAAAAGAAUGUGAAUGCUGAGAAGCAGCCAGGAGCUGAAGAAGCUACAGAUGCAAAUAAGGAAAGCCCUGUCAGCGAGCCAGAAGAGAAAGAGCCUGAGGAUAAGGAGAUGACUUUGGAAGAGUAUGAGAAAAUACGUGAAGAGAAGAGGAAAGCUUUGCUUGCCCUAAAGGCUGAGGAGAGGAAAGUUGGCUUGGACAAAGACUUUGAGUCCAUGCAACAACUUUCAAAUAAAAAGAGCAGUGAUGAUGUUUUCAUCAAACUGGGUUCUGAAAAGGACAAGCGCAAAGAUGCUGCUGAAAAAGAAGAGAAAGCAAAGAAGGUUUUUCAUCUUUUGUCUACCUGGUUUAUUAGUUGUAUUUUGACUUUUUUUAGUGGUGCUGGUUUUGUUUCUGGAUAGUUAUCAUUUUUGUUUUCCCAAAA